AAGAUAUAAGACGAUCACCGGCUGUGGUUGGGAGAUGGCCAUUUUCGCCGACGCCGGCGCCUCCUCUCUAACCAGUUAAUUCCUUCAGCUACGGUGAAGAUUUUUGCCGUUCAUCGACUACGGUCAGUCACUAGGUUGUUUACUCCGACUCUGCUGCUCCUUCAGAACUUAGCUCACCAGGUUUAUCCCUCUCAGUAAAUCUAACCCCCUAGCUAAAACCCUGCACCACUUUUGUAAACUCCGGAACCCUAAAACCCCCUUCCUCUGCCGUAGAAGUUAGAAUUUUUCAACCGCUUACAAUGCCGAAGGUGUAUGGAACUGGUGUUUACGAUUUCAAGCGCCACAGAGUCGCUGAAUACCCUGUCGAGUCCAAUCAGGUCGACGACAAGCCCGUGGAGUCUAAGCCUGGUGCGGCACUUCCAAACACUAUAACGCUAUCGGAGAUUCAGCGAGACCGGCUGACGAAGAUUGCGGCGGCGAACUGGUCGACAGUAAGCGACCCUUCGAAGGCUAAGAAGCCCUUUGAUCCAGAGUUGGUGAAGAAAAUUUAUGAGACGGAGCUUUCGGUUAAAGAGGGACGGAAGACCGUGCCUCUGCAGAGGGUGAUGAUUUUGGAGGUCAGUCAGUACCUGGAGAACUAUUUGUGGCCUAAUUUUGACCCGGAGACUGCGACGUUCGAGCAUGUAAUGUCGAUGAUACUCAUGGUUAAUGAAAAGUUUCGAGAAAAUGUAGCAGCUUGGGUAUGUUUUUAUGAUAGGAAGGACGUCUUUAAGGGAUUUCUUGAGAGGGUACUUCGACUGAAGGAGGGAAGAGAAAUAAGCAUUGCGGAGAAGACAAAUUAUCUUGUUUUUAUGAUCAAUGCGUUUCAGAGCUUGGAGGAUGAGAUUGUCAGUGAGACUGUAUUGAGAAUAGCAGGUCUGCAGUCUUGGCACAGUUUAUCUUAUGGUCGUUUUCAGAUGGAGCUCUGUCUUAAUACUGAUAUAAUUAAGAAAUGGAAAAGGAUGAUAAAGAGAGAGGCCAAGGAGUUUAUUAAACGAGGGGCGGUUUUUGAUCCAUUGUCAACUCUUGAAGUGAAGUUCUUAAGAAAUCUCAUUGAAGAGUUCCUGGAGGUUUUGGAUGGGGAAGUGUUCCCUCAGAAUAAUUCAGGUGAUGCAAGCGAUCAAUUUGUUGAUGCCAAUGGGUUGAUAGAGGGAGACAAUGCUUGUAUUUUGUAUUGUGAGAGGUUCAUGGAGUUUCUGAUUGACCUUUUAAGUCAACUCCCAACAAGAAGAUACCUUCGACCUCUUGUUGCUGAUGUUGGUGUUGUUGCCAAAUGCCAUUUAAGUGCUCUUUACAAACAUGAAAAAGGCAAACUUUUUGCUCAGUUGGUUGAUCUGCUGCAGUUCUACGAAGGAUUUGAGAUCAAUGAUCAUGUAGGGACACAAUUAACAGAUGAUGAGGUUCUCCAAUCUCAUUAUGACCGUGUCCAAUCUUUUCAGCUUCUUGCAUUUAAGAAGAUUCCAAAGCUGCGGGAACUUGCAUUGGCUAAUGUUGGCUCAAUUCAUAAACGUGCUGACCUGGCCAAGAAACUAUUGGUGCUUCCUCUUCCAGAGCUGAAAGAUUUGGUUUGCUCUAAGCUCAAGUUAGUGUCAAAAGAAGAUCCUUGGUCGGAUAGGGUUGAUUUUUUGAUUGAGGUUGUUGUUUCCUUUUUUGAGAAACAACAGUCUCAAAAGGAAGCCAUUAAUGCACUUCCACUAUACCCAAAUGAGGAGAUAAUGUGGGAUGAAAGUGUUGUGCCAAGCAUUAACUACUCGGGGGAAGGUUGCUUGGCUCUUCCAAAGUUAAAUUUACAGUUUUUAACGCUUCAUGACUAUCUUCUAAGAAAUUUCAAUCUCUUCCGCUUGGAAUCAACUUAUGAGAUCCGUGAAGACAUUCAGGAAGCUGUACCCCAUCUUCUUGCCUACAUUAAUAACGAGGGACAAACUGCUUUCCGUGGAUGGUCAAGAAUGGCUGUGCCGAUUAAAGAAUUCAAGAUUACUGAGGUUAAGCAGCCAAAUAUUGGGGAAGUCAAGCCUUCAUCUGUGACGGCAGAUGUCACUUUUAGCAUUUCUAGCUAUAGAGCACAAAUAAGAUCUGAAUGGAAUGCUCUUAAGGAGCAUGAUGUUUUAUUUUUACUUUCUAUUAGUCCUUCAUUUGAGCCUUUAAGUUCAGAGGAAGCUGCCAAAGCUAGUGUUCCUCAACGUCUAGGUCUUCAAUGUGUACGUGGAUGUGAAAUUAUUGAGAUUCGUGAUGAAGAGGGAAGUCUCAUGAAUGACUUUACUGGUAGAAUUAAACCAGAUGAGUGGAAGCCUCCUAAAGGGGAGUUGAGAACUGUAACCGUAGCUUUAGAUACAGCACAGUAUCAUAUGGAUGUCAGUGCUAUUGCAGAGAAGGGUACAGAAGAUGUCUAUGGGACGUUUAAUGUCUUGAUGAGGAGGAAACCCAAGGAAAAUAAUUUUAAAGCUAUACUGGAAUCCAUCAGAGAUCUUAUGAAUGAAUACUGUAUCGUUCCUGAUUGGUUGCAUAAUAUACUUCUUGGUUAUGGGAAUCCUUCUGCUGCCCAAUGGACUAACAUGCCAGAUCUUUUGGAAGCCGUAGACUUUAAAGAUACAUUUCUUGAUGCUGAUCAUUUGAAAGAAUGUUUUCCAGAUUAUCAGGUCUGUUUUACGAAUCCAGAUGGUGAGGAGGUUUUGCACCCAAGUCCCCCUUUCCGGAUUAGGAUUCCUAGAGUUCUUAAAGGUAGCAAUCAUGCUCUCCCGGAGAAUAUGAAGUCUUCAAGUGUUUCAAAGAAUGAUGAAAACACGAUGGAUGCCUGUACCGAGAAGGAGAAACUUAUAGUUGAGGUGUAUACUCCUCCUGACCCUGGUCCUUAUCCUCAAGAUCAGCCAAAACAGAACUCUGUCAGAUUUACUCCAACACAGGUUGGAGCAAUCAUCUCUGGUGUUCAACCCGGAUUAACCAUGGUUGUUGGUCCACCUGGUACAGGAAAGACUGAUACAGCCGUUCAAGUUCUAAAUGUUCUUUAUCACAGUUGCCCUUCACAGAGAACCUUGAUCAUCACUCAUUCAAAUCAAGCACUGAAUGAUCUAUUCGAGAAGAUAAUGGAGAGAGAUGUUCCUGCUCGCUAUCUACUUCGCCUUGGUCAAGGUGAACAAGAAUUAGCAACUGAUCUUGAUUUCAGCCGGCAAGGGCGUGUCAAUUCAAUGCUUGUGCGGAGGUUGGAAUUGCUGAGCGAAGUGGAGAGGCUGGCAAGAUCUCUCCAACUCCCUGAAGAUGUUGGAUAUACUUGUGAAACUGCUGGAUACUUUUGGUUACUGCAUGUGUACUCACGCUGGGAGCAAUUUAUAGCUGCCUGUGCUGGAAAUGAGGAUAAAUCUAAUUUUGUUCAAGAGAGAUUUCCCUUCAAAGAAUUUUUCUCAAAUGCACCAAAUCCAGUUUUUACAGGGGAAUCUUUUGAUAAAGAUAUGCGGGCAGCUAAGGGGUGCUUUCGUCAUCUCAAGAUAAUGUUUCAGGAGCUUGAAGAGUGUAGAGCUUUUGAAUUACUCAAGUCUACAGCUGAUCGUGCAAACUACUUGAUGACUAAGCAGGCAAAGAUUGUUGCAAUGACUUGCACUCAUGCUGCCCUAAAGAGGAAAGAUUUUCUUCGGCUUGGUUUCAAGUAUGAUAAUUUGCUAAUGGAAGAAAGUGCACAGAUUUUAGAAAUUGAAACUUUUAUACCAAUGUUACUUCAGAGGCAGGAAGAUGGUUAUGCACGUCUCAAACGCUGCAUUUUGAUUGGUGAUCAUCAUCAGUUGCCCCCAGUUGUGAAGAAUAUGGCUUUUCAAAAGUAUAGCCAUAUGGAUCAAAGUUUAUUUACAAGGUUUGUCAGAUUGGGUAUUCCUUAUAUUGAACUCAAUGCUCAAGGUCGUGCCAGACCAAGUAUAGCCAAGCUUUACAACUGGAGAUAUAGAGAAUUGGGAGAUCUUCCCUAUGUAAAGGAAGCAUCCAUUUUUCAUAGAGCAAAUGCUGGUUUUUCUUAUGAUUAUCAACUAGUGGAUGUGCCGGACUACCAAGGGAGGGGUGAGACCGCCCCUUCUCCUUGGUUUUAUCAGAACGAGGGGGAAGCUGAAUAUAUUGUUAGUGUGUAUAUUUAUAUGCGUUUACUAGGGUACCCUGCAAAUAAGAUAUCCAUCUUGACAACUUACAACGGCCAGAAGCUUCUAAUCCGAGAUGUUAUUAAUCGUAGAUGUGUGCCAUACAACUUCAUUGGUGCCCCUAGCAAGGUAACGACAGUUGAUAAAUUUCAAGGUCAACAGAACGAUUAUAUAUUACUGUCUCUAGUUCGAACCCGCUUUGUGGGGCACCUUCGUGAUGUUAGAAGAUUGAUUGUGGCGAUGUCUCGUGCCCGACUUGGUUUGUAUGUAUUCUGCCGCCGGUCUCUGUUUGAACAAUGUUAUGAACUGCAGCCAACAUUUCAACUUUUGCUUCAAAGGCCUGACCACCUUGGACUCAACUUGAAUGAGAUAACGUCUUAUACAGAACGUAAUGUUGCAGAUACGGGUCCUAUCUACCAUGUGAGUGGUACCGAGGAGAUGGCCAGCAUUCUGGAACAGCUUUAUCAGAUUCGUAUCAGCAGCCAGCAAUUUGAUGGGUAUACCACACGUCCGGGACAGCUUCCUCCCAAUGACGACGUACAACAAAAUGAUGUUCCUGGGCAAAAUGCUAUGGAUACAGAGCAAGCCAAUGAUGAUGGCGUCGUUUCAGACACAACCAUGGAAACUUCAAAGGUUGAUGGCCUUGCAAAUGGCACAAACGGAGAUUCUGCAAUUGAAAAUGGUUCAACCGGGAAUGAAGAUAAUGAGGCUAACAAAGACAGUGGACCUGUGGAGGAGCCUAUGCUCGAGGAUAAUUCAACUAAGAACGAUGAUGAUAACGAGGCUGAUAAAAAUGAUGAACAUAUUGUGCCACAGGAAAGUAAGUCUGAUGGAACAACUACAAUGGAUGAAUAAUUUGGAUACUUGUUCGCUGAUGGGAUUGGUUGUCUGAAAUUUGAAAAAUAUGAUCCAUACGUGAAUAGUUGACUCAUCGACGCUGUCUGGAAUUUGAGAAAUAUGAUUUGAUGAUUUUACCCUUCAUUGGACAUUGGUUCGAUUCUUGUUUUAGCUAAACUGAUCAAUUCUGUUCUUUUUCUCGGUUUAGCCUAAAACUGAACAGAACCGAACCAAUAUCACCGCUACUCUCAACUGUCUGAUGGCAUUUGCAAUUUUGGAGAAUAGGACAAAACGAUGAUAUCUUGUAGGCAAUCAAAGAUUCGGUAGAGUUUGAGCUGAUCAAUCAUUGUCCAUCUUCUUGUAGAAACAUGGUAUUGGGAGACUGCUUGAUCGCUCAAGAGACCGUCCUGAGGGAAAGAGUCCAAACUGAUUUCGUGAUUUAAUCUCAUAUCUAGCUGUGCUCAACUUUGGGUAAAUCUGUAUAAGCGAAUUGUAAAAAUUAUACUUAAGCCUUUGUUUCGAAGUUUUGAUUCUUGUAAGAGAGUAUUAAAUGAGUAGAUCUUUGAAUUUGACCCAAUUCUA